UAUCUUCUUUUUGUUCAAGAACACUUGUCAGCUAAGAGCUGGGUCUAUAAAAAAGAACGGGUCUAGUUCGAGAAACAAAUCUGUUUCUCCAAAGGAACCAGAGCAUCUUCAUUCCCUGAUCUCCUAGACCUGGAGCCAUGGCUGAACCUCAUCUGUCUGAAUUUUUUGAAAGCUACAACAGCAGCUUCAGCACCUCCAGCACCUGGAACAUCACUGGCAGUGGACCAUGGCUGUUGGCCUUCAUGCUCAGUGUCAUCAUCCUUAUGACGGUCUGUGGAAACAUGCUGCUCAUCACUUUGGUGUUUGCUCAUCGCACUUUGCGUUGCACCUCAAACUGCUUCUUGGUUUCUCUGUUCCUCUCUGACCUGAUGGUGGCGCUGGUUGUCAUGCCUCCAGCCAUGCUCAAUGUCCUGUGUGGGGCCUGGGUGUUGUGGCCCUCCUUCUGUCCGAUAUGGCUGUGUUUUGACGUCAUGUGCUGCAGCGCGUCUAUCCUAAACCUGUGUGUGAUCAGCCUGGACCGCUACCUCUUCAUCAUCUCACCUUUACGCUACAAGCAAAGGAUGACACCCCCACGGGCGUUACUCCUUGUAGGAGCUGCUUGGGGGUUGGCAGCACUGGCCUCCUUCCUGCCCAUUGAGAUGAAAUGGCACAGCCUGGGACUGGGGAGUGGAGACUUAUUGACUCCAAGCACCAUCAGUAACAACGCUAGCUCCAUGUCUCACACACUGUAUCCCACAUCCUACUUUCAGCUGUCACCAACAGGGGGCCACUCAUUCCAGUGUCGCCUGCGAGUCACCUUGCCUUUUGCUCUCGUGGCUUCUGUGCUCACUUUUUUCUUGCCCUCCAGCGCCAUUUGUUUCACCUACUGCCGCAUCCUUCUGGCAGCACGGAGGCAGGCAAAGAGGGUUGCAGCCCUGAGUCACCCACCACACCCUCACCCCUCUCUUGGGGAACCGUCACAGCCUCCUUCUCCGGGGGUUGCAGCACACAGGGAUGUAGAUGACUGCAGGUACCAGGAACCAAGUGUGUCACAAAAUGUCCAGGCAUCAGUUAACAGUGAGCGACGACUGGCUCACAGACAAGGUCGGCGAGCGCUGAAGGCCAGUCUGACACUGGGUGUCCUCCUGGGACUCUUCUUCAGUGCUUGGCUGCCGUUUUUCAUCACUAAUAUGGCUCAGGCUGUGUGUGAGUGUGUCCCUCAUGCAGUCUUUGACGCCAUCACAUGGUUGGGCUACUGCAACAGCACAAUGAACCCCAUCAUCUACCCACUUUUUAUGAGAGACUUCAAGCGAGCUUUAGCCAGGCUCCUGCCCUGCUGUUCCUCGCAGUCGCCCAGGAGACCCUCACCGGUGCUCUCCCUCUCUUUGCGCAACUCAGGAGAACCUAACAUUGCCAGCAAUCCUCCUUCCCCACUGCCAUCUGACCCCGCUCACGCCCCAGCCACUGCCACUGAUGCCGUCAACCUGCUGGAUGCAGAGCAGGCAGCAAUUGAGUUGCCUCUACUUCUUCCUAAUCAGGUUGGCAACCUGGACUAAUCUAAUUAGCAUUUAUAACAGUAAUACUA